CAAUGUGGUACUAAGAGAGAUAACUCCAGCAUGUUAAAAUAUGAGAUUUUGUUUGCAAACGUCGUUUUUGUGCAAAUUUCAUCGCAUUUGUUUACAAACAGUUUCAUUUGGUUCACAUAUAUCAGCUGACAAUAAAAAUAGCCAGUGUUGUGAACACUUGGAGGAUGAACCUAGUGAAGGAAAUGUCACAUUUGAGAAAUUCAGUGGACCACAAGCCGCAUAUCGGUCUCUGGUGGAGCAGGGACUGCUGCGUGCUGACGAUCACCAGGCCGACGUGGUAGAUAACUUGGAGGAAUUGCAUCAGCGACUAAAGGACUAUGAAGCAUCUGCUGCCAGUGUUCCCUCGUGGUUGUCCCGGACCUUCAGUGGAAAUAAAAGAGAAGAACUGUCAACCCCCCAGGGUCUCUACAUAUAUGGCAGUGUAGGGUCGGGGAAGACGAUGUUGGUGGACAUGUUCCAUCAGACAUGUGGCGUCAAGAAGAAACAGCGCGUUCACUUCCACCGCUUCAUGUUGGAUGUCCACAGACGAAUCCAUGCCCUAAAGCACAGCGUUCCGAAACAGAGUGACGGGAAGAGACCCCAGACCUACGAUCCCAUUCAGCCAAUCGCCGAUGAGAUCAGUAGGGAAGGCUGGCUUCUCUGUUUUGAUGAAUUCCAGGUUACAGACAUUGCUGAUGCAAUGAUAUUGAAACAGUUGUUCACGGCAUUGUUCAAAAACGGAGUUAUUGUUGUCGCCACUUCUAAUCGAGCACCAGAGGACUUAUACAAGAAUGGCCUCCAGCGAGCCAAUUUUGUGCCAUUUAUUGGGAUUUUGAAGAAAUACUGCAGAGUCCUGUGUCUUGAUUCCGGGGUUGAUUACCGCAGGAUGACCCUGCCUGAAGAGAAUCAGCUAUACUUUGUAACUUCAAAUUGUGAUAGUGAAAAGGAGUUGGAUAAAGUCUUUGAAGAUUUACGACUGGUUCAAAAUGCUGCGGUCUGUUCACGCAUGUUGACAGUUUUGGGUCGGAAUCUUCAUUUGCCAAAAACCUGUGGACGAAUCCUUGAUUCUACAUUUGAGGCUUUGUGUCUUGAGGCUUUGGGAGCUGUUGAUUAUCUGGAGCUGAGUGCUCAGUUUGAUGUUGUCAUCUUAAGAAAUGUACCACAGAUGAGUCUGCAAAACAAAAUGGAAGCUCGUCGAUUUAUCACCCUUAUAGAUACUUUGUAUGAUAACAAGGUCAAACUGGUGUGUUCUGCAGCAGCUGAAGCUGAUGAGUUGUUUUCUGUUGGCUCGGUUGACGCCUUUGACGUUCAGUCAAACCGUGCAUUGAUGGACGACCUUGACAUUCAGGCAAACACCAGCAUAUUCACGGGGGAAGAAGAGUUGUUUGCCUUUCAACGGACGAUUUCACGCCUGUCCGAAAUGCAGACCAUGGAAUACUGGAAUCUUCAGAGAGAACCUCCAACACACAAACAUCAUUUAUGACCACAGCUUAAUUUAGGACAUUUAUAUGAAAACUAUUUUAGCUAUAUUAGCACAGGGUGUUAUUUUACUCAGGAUGUUUUAGAAUUCUUAUUAAUACAUAAUUGUCUUAUUUAAUUAGUGCUAUUUGUGGUUGUGGACCGAGUUUUGAAAAGUUAUAUAACUGUAAGAGGUGUGCAGUCAUUCCAGGUUAUAUUAUAACUCACCAGGCACUCAACACCACAAUGUGCUUACUUUACACUUUCAUUCUAUUUCUCUUACCAGGAGUAAAUGUGAAUUAGAAAUUCAGUUAAAGUUAGAGUUUGUUUUGUUUAACGACACCACUAAAGCACAUUGAUUUAUUUAUCUUCGACUGGAUGUCAAACAUUUGAUAAUUCUAACAUAUAGUCUUAGAGAGGAAACCAGCUGCAUUUUUUUUA